AUGAUGAACUUCAUUUUGUCUGGGAAUAGAAUCGAUGGCAACAUUCCUAUGGAGAUCGGUAAUCUUAGCCAACUUACAAAUUUGUGGUUGCACGAAAAUCAAAUAACAGGUUCCAUUCCUACAACACUGUUUAAUAUUUCGUCGCUUCUUGUCGCAUCUCUUGCAAACAAUAGCCUUUCUGGUCCUCUCUUGCUUGAUGAAGGGAAUAUUUUGUCAAAUCUGAAGUUUCUAAGUAUAUUUAACAACCAAAUUUCUGGUUGCAUUCCUUCCAACAUAUGCCAACUCACAAAGCUCAAUUUUCUAUCCAUAUCAAUCAACAAUAUAACUGGAAAAAUUCCCAAAAAUAUUGGCUGUUUAUCCAAGCUUAAAGAGUUCUAUAUUGGUUAUAAUCCAAUAAAAGGGACUAUUCCCACUUCAUUGGGCAAUAUUUCCACUCUGCGAAAUCUUUAUUGUAAAAGAAAUCGCUUGGAGGGGCCAAUUCCUCCAGAAUUGGGGAAGCUAUCAAAUUUGAGGCAAUUAUCGUUUACCGAUAAUUAUAAUCUUAUUGGUGAAAUUCCAAAAGCUAUUUUCAAUAUUUCUUCUUUGGAAAUAAUUGAUUUUAGUUUCAACAACCUCUCGGGGAGAAUUCCAGCCACUACAGGUCUUCAUCUUCCUAACCUUAGGGAACUUUUUUUGGGAGAAAAUCAGAUCAAAGGGGAAAUUCCAUUGUUCAUAACAAAUGCUUCCAAGCUUGAGAUACUGGAUCUAGCAGGGAACUUUCUCACAGGAACUAUUCCUACUAAUCUGGGAAAUCUUCGUGAGCUGCGUGGACUGUUCCUACAUACCAAUCAACUUACCAAUGAACCAAGAGAGCAUGAGUUGUUAUUCUUGAAUUCUUUGGCGAACUGUAGGAUGUUGCGAUAUCUAGAAGUGGGUCACAAUUCGUUGAAUGGCGUUUUGCCCAAUUCAAUUGGGAAUCUUUCAUCUACUAUUGAAAUAUUUCAUAUAGGAGAUGCACACAUCAAUGGCCUUAUUCCCACAAGUAUAGGCAACAUGAGCGGUCUAAUUAGCCUAGGCUUUCAAGAAAACAAUUUGACAGGGAGUAUUCCUUCUGAGAUUGGUAAGCUUAAACAACUCCAAGGGCUGUAUCUACAUAACAAUAAAUUGCAGGGACAUAUUCCAGAGGUGGUAUGCCAUUUAUCUAAUUUGGUUCAAUUAUAUCUGAAUGGUAAUGAGCUCUUUGGUUUAAUUCCAGUAUGUAUAGGAAAUCUUAGCAUGCUACAAUAUCUUCUGUUGGGUUCUAACAAAUUUCCAUCAAAGCUACCUCUAAGCCUUUGGAAAAUGAGCGGUCUUCUCUAUCUAUACAUGUCACAGAGUUAUAUAGUGGGAGAAGUACCACCGAAUAUUGGAGAACUAAAGGCCAUUGUAGAAAUAGAUCUUUCUGUUAACCACUUUUCGGGGAUGAUACCAAGCAGUUUGGGGCACCUCCAAAACCUGAAGUAUCUUAACCUAUCCAACAAUUCAUUUUCAGGCCCAAUUCCAUUAUCCUUUUCCAACUUGAUAAGCUUGGAAUUCUUGGAUUUGUCUUUAAAUACCUUGUCAGGUACUAUUCCUAAGACAUUGGAAAAACUCUCAUACCUUAAAAGCAUCAAUGUCUCAUUUAAUAGUUUAAAAGGUGAAAUACCCAAUGGUGGUGUGUUUGCAAAUUCCACUCUGCAAUCAUUUCUUGGGAACAAAGGUCUAUGUGGAAUGCACAUAUUGGAGGUUCCUGCUUGUGCUAUCACUAAUCCUGGACAACAAUCAAAGUUUAAGGUGCUUCUGCUAAAAAUUGUUACUCCGGUGGUUAUUUCAUCCUUUCUAAUAUUCUUGUUGGUCUCAAUUUGGAUAAUGAAACGAAAGAAGAAAGGAAAGUCCAAAGAUGUUGAAAAGGUUCCAGAGAUCAAAACUUAUCAAUUGAUUUCUUAUCAUCAGAUUCAAAUAGCAACAAAUAAUUUUGAUGGAUCAAAUUUAAUUGGUGUGGGAAGCUCUCAGAGGCACAUUAUCUAG